GUCACCAUGACAACCCCUGGUCGUUCUCAGCCAACCACUGUCGUACUUUUCCGUCACCCGUGCGCGCUUUACGCCAUCUUGAAAUUUCAGCCGCAAUUGUGUCAAGUCGUUCCCAAAUAAAUAGACAAAGUCCUAAUUCUCCCCUCCAGGUACAUCCUCACAGCUACAGCCUCCGUGACUAACAUGCACAGUUCUCGGAACAAAACAGCGCCGACGGUCGACACGGCGAGUACAGACGCAGACAGCGGGACGGACUCCAAGCACAGGGAGCGGAAAGCAGGCGGAGGGAUGUUAAAGAAGCUGAAGUCCAGGCGCAGUCACACGGACAAGUGGCCUGUGGUCACCGAGGACCAACUCAGGGAGCUGGGAGAGGAUAUUUCCCCCGACCAUGUCCUGGGACUGCGGGCUGUCACGGAAGACUAUCUUUGCAAACCUGAAGACAACAUAUACAACAUUGACUUCACCCGUUUCAAGAUCAGAGAUCUGGAGACCGGAACAGUACUGUUCGAGAUCGCCAAACCUCCCAAUACUGGUCCUGCAGAGGCUGAAGAGGGGAGUGGAGAUGUAGACGUCAGUGCAGGCCGCUUUGUGAGAUAUCAGUUCACACCUGCGUUCCUAAAACUACAAACUGUAGGUGCAACUGUGGAAUUCACAGUCGGCGACCGUGCCAUCAACAGCUUUCGUAUGAUUGAGAGGCAUUACUUCCAGGGGCGCCUCCUAAAGAACUUUGACUUUGACUUCGGCUUCUGCAUUCCCAACAGCCGCAACACAUGCGAACACAUUUAUGAGUUUCCACAACUUCCAGACAACCUCAUUCGACAAAUGGUGGAGCACCCUUAUGACACCAGAUCAGACAGUUUCUACUUUGUGGACAACAAACUCAUCAUGCACAACAAGGCAGACUAUGCCUACAAUGGUGGGCAGUGAGACCUCAAGGAGGACAACUGUGCAAUACCCCCCUGGGAGAGGAAUUAACAGCCCACAUCUAAUGAAACUAUCAGGACUGAGGAAAAUGUGGUUACGGUUCGUCUUACAAGUAAGUUUGUGCACUGUUUGCCUUUCGUUUGCGUCUCUGCUGGAAAGGGACAAUCACAGACCUUUUGCGACAUAGGUUCUGUUACAACUUCAUUUGCUUUAGUGUAGUUGUUUUUCUGUUAGAAUGCUUUAAACAACCUUUUUAUGUGACAAUUGCUUCCCACAAGGAAUAAGCAGUAGUUUGUAGAAUUUAUAAAGUGUUCUUAGUGGACUACUCUUAGAUAUUCAUUUACAAACCCUGUUUCCAUAUGAGUUGGGAAAUUGUGUUAGAUGUAAAUAUAAACGGAAUACAAUGAUUUGCAAAUCCUUUUCAACUGAUGAACUUUUUUUUGUGCAAAUAUUUAUUAACUUUAGAAUUUGAUUGCAGCAAUAUGUGACAAAGAAGUUGGGAAAGGUGGCAAUAAAUACUGAUAAAGUUGAGGAAUGCUCAUCAAACACUUAUUUGGAACAUCCCACAGGUGAACAGGCAAAUUGGGAACAGGUGGGUGCCAUGAUUGGGUAUAAAAGUAGAUUCCAUGAAAUGCUCAGUCAUUCACAAACAAGGAUGGGGCGAGGGUCACCACUUUGUCAACAAAUGCCUGAGCAAAUUAUUGAACAGUUUAAGAACAACCUUUCUCAACCAGCUAUUGCAAGGAAUUUAGGGAUUUCACCAUCUACGCUCCGUAAUAUCAUCAAAGGGUUCAGAGAGUCUGGAGAAGUCACUGCACGUAAGCAGCUAAGCCCGUGACCUUCCAUCCCUCAGGCUGUACUGCAUCAACAAGCCACAUCAGUGUGUAAAGGAUAUCACCACAUAGGCUCAGGAACACUUCAGAAACCCACUGUCAGUAACUACAGUUGGUCGCUACAUCUGUAAGUGCAAGUUAAAACUCCUAUGCAAGGUGAAAACCGUUUAUCAACAACACCCAGAAACGCUGUCGGCUUCGCUGGGCCUGAGCUCAUCUAAGAUAGACUGAUACAAAGUGGAAAAGUGUUCUGUGGUCUGACCAGUCCACAUUUCAAAUUGUUUUUGGAAACUGUGGACGUCGUGUCCUCCGGACCAAAGAGGAAAAGAACCAUCCGGAUUGUUCUAGGCGCAAAGUGUAAAAGGCAGCAUGUGUGAUGGUAUGGGGGUGUAUUAGUGGCCAAGACAUGGGUAACUUACACAUCUGUGAAGGCACCAUUAAUGCUGAAAGGUACAUACAGCUUUUGGAACAACAUAUGUUGCCAUCCAAGCAACAUUACCAUUGACGCCCCUGCUUAUUUCAGCAAGACAAUGCCAAGCCACGUGUUACAUCAACGUGGCUUCAUAGUAAAAGAGUGCGGGUACUAGACUGGCCUGCCUGUAGUCCAGACCUGUCUCCCAUUGAAAAUGUGUGGCACCUAAAAUAGCAGAAGGGAGACCCCCGGACUGUUGAACAACUUAAGCUGUACAUCAAGCAAGAAUGGGAAAGAAUUCCACUUCAAAAAUGUGUCUCCUCACUUCCCAAACCUUUACUGAGUGUUGUUAAAAGGAAAGGCCAUGUAACACAGUGGUGAACAUGCCCUUUCCCAACUACUUUGGCACGUGUUGCAGCCAUGAAAUUUUAAGUUAAUUAUUAUUUGCAAAAAAAAAAUAAAGUUUAUCAGUUUGAACAUCAAAUAUGUUGUCUUUGUAGUGCAUUCAACUGAAUAUGGCUUGAAAAGGAUUUGCAAAUCAUUGUAUUCCGUUUAUAUUUACAUCUAACACAAUAUCCCAACUCAUAUGGAAACGGGGUUUGUACAUCAGUUUGGCGGGUUCUGUUGUGUCGAUUAUUUAAGAUGUGUGCUUUAUUAACGUGUUUGUCUAGCUUCAUUGAUAUGGUCAUACUGUUUAAAAGGACUUUAUUGACAUCCUGGAAAAAAUGACACAUUUUACGGACAGUAAUUGGUUGACAAGCCGGAAUCAACGGGCAUAGUCAUUUCUGGUUUGAAUGUGUUCAUUACUAUUUGCAAGAUUGUUUUUAUUUUUAUAUUUAAAUAAUAUAAAUAAACCUCAGUUGUGAGUCCAACCAUGAAAAUGUUUAGCAUUGCUACAAGAGCUGUAAGGUCAUAAGAUUAUGAAAAAUUAUGAAAUCCUUUGUGAUUGCAUCAACUUUGUGCCUUUAGCCCGUCACUGGGAAAAUAAAUACUGUCAUCCUCGUGUGAGAAAAAGAAUGCGGAGUUCAUUCAGUGUAAUAGGAAUAUAUUUUGUAUGCUCUUGAAUGCAGGACCACUGUGUGGGAAAGGAAAAUGAUUAAAUAUGUUUCAUAAACUCACUGACUGAUGGAAAACUUAGCAGCCGUAAUCAUCUGUGCUAGUUUAUCAGUAAUAGUUGUCUGUAGUUGACUUAUUUUUGUUGUAGUUAAAUCAAAGUCAGUGGAUUCAUCACAUAGGUGUGUUGAUUAGUACUGCUGAAUUGCUGGUUAACAGCUCUGGUAUUGUAGUUUGGAAGAGUCGGUUAUGUUCCAUAUGAUUAUCUCAACCAUUGAUUCCCUCGCUAAUGAACAAUAAACUACUCUGGCAAUUAAACUGAUCUUCUUAAAAUGUUCUGAAUAAAAACACAAAUGCACUCAUGUCAGGCUUUUUCUGUCAUUCCCUGAAAUUGUCUGGCUUUACAAAUGACUGACAGGCCAAACAUGUAAACAAUUUAUAUUUGGUAUAUUAGCUCUAUUUGUUCAUGGACAAAACUUACAGGAUUCUCUAAUCCAGCUGUUUGGUAUAAUUGCUUUGCAAAUAAAAAUGAUCAUUUUUGUUGAUCGCUGUACAUUUCAUAUUGUAAUAAAUUGCACAAUGGGAAUACACUUGACAUGUGUUUUUUAACGGAUGUAUUAUUGCGUUAGUUUUUUACUUUACAUCAGGGGUGUCAAAGUCAUUUUAGAUGGGGGGGCCACAUGGACAAAAAUCUACUCCCCAAGUGGGCCAAACUGGUACAAUCACGGUAUGAUAACUUAAAAAUAAAGACAACUUGAGAUUGUUUUCUUUGUUUAAAAAUAGAACGAGCACAUUCUGUAAAUGCACAAAUCGUAAUGUUGUUUUUUUUACAC